AGAAUCAACUUCAAAAAUUUCUCUCUAGCUACAGCAAUGGCUAUCAAGAAACUGCUUUCAUUUCUCUUUCUUCAACUGACCCUCUGUCUUCUUCUCUUAGACCUCACUAAUGCAGAGAGCUUGAAAUUGGGAUUCUACAAAAAGACUUGCCCCAACAUGGAGGAUAUUGUUGUUAAAACAGCAUACCGAUACAUUUCUCGUGCUCCAAGUCUUGCAGCUGCUUUAUUAAGGCUGCACUUUCAUGAUUGUUUUGUCAGAGGAUGUGAUGGUUCUGUGCUACUGGAUUCUACAAAGAACAACAAAGCUGAAAAAGACGGAAUUCCCAAUUCAAGUCUAAGAGGGUACGACGUUAUUGAUGCAGUUAAAUCUGCAAUAGAAAAUAAGUGUCCUGGUGUGGUUUCUUGUGCUGACAUCUUAGCCAUGGUUGCUCGUGAUGCAGUUUCGAUGAUUCAUGGACCAUACUGGGAUGUUCCCACCGGACGAAGAGAUGGAAGAGUGUCAUUAGCCUCAGAGACUAUCCCAAACUUACCUCCUCCUUUCGCCAAUAUAACUUUACUCAAACAAAUGUUUGCUGCAAAGGGUUUAAACGUAAAAGACCUUGUUGUUUUAUCAGGAGGGCACACGAUUGGGGUAUCUCACUGCAGUUCAUUCACUAGACGUUUGUACAAUUUCACUGGCAAUGGUGACGCAGACCCUUCAUUGGAUCCAAAGUACGCAGCACAUUUGAGGGUUAAAUGCAAGCCUGAAGACGCCAAUACCAUUGUUGAGAUGGACCCUGGAAGCUUCAAAACAUUUGAUGAAGAUUACUACACUCUUGUAUCGAAAAGAAGAGGGCUCUUCCAGUCUGAUGCAGUUCUUCUCAAUGACGAAUACACAAGAAAUUACGUGAAACUUCAGGCUGCUACACAUGGUUCUUCCUUUACUAAUGAUUUUGCUAAGUCCAUGGUGAAGAUGGGGAAGAUAGGAGUUCUCACUGGUAGAGCUGGUGAAAUCAGGAAACAAUGCGCUUUUGUUAAUUAAUAAAAGGCAUUGAAAUAUAUAUUUUGUUUUUCUUUUCCAAAAUCAACUUGUGAUUGUAUAAUUAGCAACCAAGUUUAUUGCAUUCGGUUGUGUGAGUUUUGUUUUCC